GCUGGGAUCCCGUUGCGCAUGCUCACAGCCCUCUUCCAGGACGUGCACCUGCUAGGAGAGUCCGCCGCUCGACCCACCAUCCCACCAGAGCAUCACGCACCCAGCCAUGACAGCACACUCCUUUGCCCUGCCAGUCAUCAUCUUCACCACGUUCUGGGGCCUCAUCGGCAUCGCUGGGCCCUGGUUCGUGCCUAAAGGACCCAACCGCGGGGUGAUCAUCACCAUGCUGGUAGCCACUGCUGUCUGCUGUUACCUCUUCUGGCUCAUCGCCAUCUUGGCCCAGCUAAACCCCCUGUUUGGGCCACAGCUGAAGAAUGAGACCAUCUGGUACGUGCGCUUCCUGUGGGAGUGACCAUGAGAGUGACCAGCCGGCUUCUGGCCCCAGGUGCGCUGCUGUGGAUGGCCCAGCCUUGAUACCCCUGGAGACCCUGCAUUCCCAUUGCCCCCGCCCAUCAGUCCACCUUUCUGUGCUCUCCCUGCCAGUGUUGUGGGAUCCACACCCCAGAACCAGCCUGGUUUCAACUUCCCAGCCAUUGGGGGGCUCCAUUUGGGAAAGCCUUGGCUCAGUUGGGCCAACCUGUGCUUAAAUCCCCACACUUGGCAGUUUU